GUUCCGUUCUCUUAUUAUUCUCUCUUCAUAACAACUCAAAAAAGUUACAAAAGUUACUUUAUACCAAAAACUUCUUUUGAUAAAAGAAAUUUGUCAUAAAUUAUUAGCCAUUAAUUCUUCAUAUAAAUUUAUUAGUAACUACUUAAAUAAGAUUUGCAAUGUCUACUACAGAUCGAGCAAAUUGGUCCUGCGAAAGGUGUACCUAUGUUAAUGAAGGAAUUGACUUAACAUGUGCAAUGUGUUUUCUUACACGAACUGAUGCCAAAGACUUACCUGUUCAGUGGGAAUGGAGAGCAAAUCCAGAUCAAUGGAUUCCUUAUGAUUUAGCAUCAUCGUCUGAACUUGAAGAUUCUUAUCAACGUAAGAAAGCAGUCAUCGUCCCAAAGCAAGGUUAUUUUGCUACAAUAGCCGAUCGAUACGAAGUGCGAUUCAACUAUUCAACAGGACGUUUUCAACAGUACAAUCUUUCAAGUGGUGGAACUCGUCGGGUUAGAAGAAUCGGGAAUGAUGACAACUCAAUUUUGCAACCUGUUGCAAUCGAACAAGUAUCAUCUGAAGAUAGUUGCAUAAUUUGUCUGGAUAACUUUCAAGAUUCUAGUUCGGUCUCUCCUGAUCAACAAGUUGUUAAACUUCCCCCUUGUCGUGGUCAUUAUUUUCAUAGAUCAUGUGUUGCAGCUGCAAUUAAAUUGAAAGAUGAAUGUCCAAUGUGCAAGAAAAAGCUUGAUUAUUAAAUAUAAGUAAUUCGAGUAUAAAUACUUCAUUGAUUCACUGUUUCUUUUCAGAACAUCGAACAAACGCGUACUAUAAUUUUUUAUGGUCUUGCUUGUAUACUUUUAACGAAUGCAUAGGUGUUUAUAUAAUUUUAUCAAUUAUUUUUUUUCUUUUUUUCU